AUGUCGAGCUCGACGCUCCAGCGAUUGGCCUUUCCGUCGUUGUCGGUCGUCGCCAUGAGUGCCACGGCUGUCACCGUGUACAACACGUGCCUCAUCGAUGUCAUCAACGCCAGUGCUGCCGGGCCUGUUGCCGCCUGGGGCGAGCUAGCUCUCCCGGCUCUUCCCUUUACCCUCUCCUCGCUGGUCCUUGGCCUCCUGGCCACCUUUCGCACAAACGCCGCCCACGACCGCUUCAAUCAAGCUCGCGGCGCUUGGGGCGAGGUCAUCAACGCCUCGCGCGACUUGCUCCGCCAGGCCGCCGUGUGGAUGCCGAAGGAUCACGCUGUCGAGCGGCUCCGGCUUGCUCGCCUGGUCAAGGCCUUUCCCGUUGCCCUUAACUUUCAUCUCACCACCGACGGCGGCCACUACCUGAUCAAGGCGCAGGACGCCGACGCAUCGCCGGCCAUCCGCGCUGAGCUCGCCGCCGAGUUGCUCGAUCGGGUCUGGCCGGCCGGCCCCGACGCCGAGGAGGACUUUGCCCGCACGCUGGACGUCCAUGCUGCCGGCGGCAAUGUCCCGCUCAUGCUCCUGGGUGAGAUGGCGGCGACGGUGGCGGCGGGUGCCGCUGAUGGCCGCGCCGUCGACGCGGUCGAGAUGGACAAGGCGCUGCAGCGGCUCAACACGUCGCUUGGCCGGUGCGAGCGCAUCCUCAAGACUCCAAUCCCGACCUCUUACACCCGGCACACCUCGCGCUUCCUCACUACUUGGCUCAACGCUCUCCCGCUUGCCCUCUGGCCGGUCCUUGGCGCCCACGGUACCAUCCCAGCCUCGCUCGCCAUCGCUUACGCCCUCCUCGGCAUCGAGGACAUUGGCGUCCAGAUCGAGGAGCCGUUCAACAUGCUCCCACUCCGCGCCUACUCGCACACCGUCCAGGCCUCUACAUAA